UAUAUCUUCCACUUAGUUCGAAUUUCCUUUAAUUUACUUUGACAGCUUCUUAUAUGUCUGUAUGUAUUCCAGUGAAUGACACUGUGAAUCAUGUAAAAUUUUAUUCUUAAGUAAUUAAUAAAAAACGGGAAAAAGACACAUAAAUGUCAGAAUCCUAAGAGGUAGACCUAGCCAGAAAUUCCCCACGUUUGUUGAGAACUUUGACAGUUGAGCGGGCACAUGUUAAAAUGAGACGUGUUGGAAUCGUGGGAUACGGACAUUUAGGUAAAUACCUUGUGGAGAAGAUUCAGGAACACCCUGACCUUGACCUUGCCUUUGUGUGGAACAGAUCCCCUGCGGCUCUGGAAGAAUUUCAGCAGGAUCUCAUCCUACAGGAUCUCAAGGACUUCAGCAAAAGGAAUGCUGACCUAAUUGUAGAGGUAGCUCACCCUGACAUCACUAAGGAGUGGGGACCAAGGUUUCUGGAGGAGGCCGAUUUCAUGAUUGGUAGCCCUACAGCCCUGAGUUCCCAGGAGCUGGAGACCAGUUUACGGGGAGCGGCCAUUAAUCAUGGCCUCUAUGUGCCAAGUGGGGCCUUCUGGGGGGCAGAGGAUAUCAGAAAAAUGGCCGACAGAGGGACGUUACAGCACUUAAAAGUUACAAUGACCAAACACCCCAGCAGCUUUAAACUGGAUGGUGACCUGAAGGUCAGAAAUGAGCAGGUCAAGGACACGAAGGCAGUGCUGUAUGAUGGACCUGUCCGUGAGUUGUGUCCCCUGGCUCCAAAUAAUGUCAACACAAUGGCAGCAGCAGCUAUAGCAGCACACAACCUGGGAUUUGACAAAGUCACGGGAUCCAUUGUAUCAGAUCCUCAGUUAACAGACUGGCACAUUGUAGAAGUGGAGGUCUGGGGUCCUAAUGGUUUCAAUGUCAAGACAGUCCGGAGUAACCCCGCAGCAGUGGGGGCAGUCACUGGAACAGCCACUUACGCCUCCUUCCUCAGUAGCAUGCUGGGUGCUAAAGGAAAAGGACCAGGUGUUCAUCUGUGUUGACAAAAUUAUGUUAAAAUUACCAACAUAUCAAAUGAUGACCACCGGCAUGAAGGAUGUCUAAAGAUUCCUACUGAUAAACAAACCACAAAAAAUGGCCUUAUAACCAACAUUUCAAUGUGAUUUAAUCAUCAGCACACAUACAACAACAAAAUAUGAAUCUCGUCAUAGAUCUAUAGGAGUGAACAUCCUUCCAACUUUUCUACUCUGUGAUUCAUCUUUUUUGUAUUAAAGCAAAAAAUGAACAAUUUUAAGUUAAGCGGACUAGUCUUACA